CUCUGAAUGGUCCUGACUUGAGCUUGCGGGGGCUGGGGGUCCAUUACUGGUGGCGGACGCCCGCCGAGGUCCCGCUCACCCUCCUUCCCAGCCUUGGUCCCGCGGCUGGGCGGCCGGCCGAAGCUUUGGGGGUCCUGGAGAAAUUCUCCACCAUGGUAUUGGCACGUUUGGCCCAUGUUCGACUGUAAUUGUCUCUCUCCCUCUCCCCCAAACGUCUCCGUGUUGGGGAUUCAGAGGCUGAACUCGAGUAUGAUUUCCGGUUUCUGGGCUUCAGUUUUUUUUCCUAGAACCUAAGAGGACCAAUAAUGCCUCCGUUACUAGGCUGUGAGGAUGGAGGGAGUUGAGAGAUCUGUAAUAGACGCGGCCCUGGGGUGGCAAGAGCAGUGCUUCCACCUCACCCAGUGCCUUCCUGCGCCGGGUGCUACUGGAAGCCGGGUGGGAGCCACGAACAGGGUAGCACCCGAGGGCUGUGCCAGCGCGGAAGAGGCGAUAUCCUCCAGCAUGAAGAGGCCAGAGACCAGAAGUGCAGGCUAGGCAUAGCACGUGCCUGAGGGGCCUGCUGCUCAGCCCCACGCCACCCGGAGGCUAUGGCCUGCCUCCAUGAGACCCGCACACCCUCCCCUUCCUUUGGGGGCUUUGUGUCUACACUAAGUGAGGCAUCCAUGCGCAAGCUGGACCCUGACACUUCAGACUGCACCCCUGAGAAGGACCUGACACCUACCCAGUGUGUGCUUCGCGAUGUUGUGCCUCUGGGUGGGCAGAGUGGGGGUGGGCCCAGUCCCUCCCCAGGUGGAGAGCCGCCUCCUGAGCCUUUUGCCAACAGUGUCCUGCAGCUACAUGAGCAGGAUGCAAGUGGCCCAGGGGGAGCCACUGGGUCACCUGAGAGUCGAGCAUCUAGAGUUCGAGCUGACGAGGUGAGGUUGCAGUGCCAGAGUGGCAGUGGCUUCCUUGAAGGUCUCUUUGGCUGCUUGCGCCCCGUCUGGACCAUGAUUGGCAAGGCCUACUCGACAGAGCACAAGCAACAGCAGGAAGACCUUUGGGAAGUCCCCUUUGAGGAAAUCAUGGAUCUGCAGUGGGUAGGCUCAGGGGCCCAGGGUGCUGUUUUCCUGGGACGCUUCCAUGGGGAGGAGGUGGCUGUGAAGAAGGUCCGAGACCUCAAGGAGACUGACAUCAAGCACCUGCGAAAGCUGAAACACCCCAACAUCAUCACUUUCAAGGGUGUUUGCACACAGGCUCCCUGCUAUUGCAUCCUCAUGGAGUUCUGUGCCCAAGGCCAACUGUAUGAGGUGCUGCGGGCUGGUCGUCCUGUCACCCCCUCCUUGCUUGUUGACUGGUCUAUGGGCAUUGCUGGUGGAAUGAAUUACCUGCACCUUCACAAGAUCAUCCACAGAGACCUCAAGUCCCCCAACAUGCUAAUCACAUACGACGAUGUGGUGAAGAUCUCAGAUUUUGGCACUUCCAAGGAGCUGAGUGACAAGAGCACCAAGAUGUCCUUUGCAGGGACAGUAGCCUGGAUGGCCCCUGAGGUGAUUCGCAAUGAGCCCGUAUCUGAGAAGGUUGACAUCUGGUCCUUUGGGGUGGUGUUAUGGGAACUACUGACUGGUGAGAUUCCGUACAAAGACGUAGAUUCCUCAGCCAUUAUCUGGGGUGUGGGAAGCAACAGUCUCCAUCUGCCUGUGCCCUCCAGCUGUCCAGAUGGCUUCAAAAUCUUGCUUCGCCAGUGCUGGAAUAGUAAACCACGAAACCGUCCGUCAUUCCGACAGAUCCUACUACAUUUGGACAUUGCUUCAGCUGAUGUGCUUUCCACACCCCAGGAGACUUACUUUAAGUCCCAGGCAGAGUGGCGGGAAGAAGUAAAACUUCAUUUUGAAAAGAUCAAAUCAGAAGGGACCUGUCUACACCGUCUAGAAGAGGAGCUAGUAAUGCGGAGGAGGGAGGAGCUAAGACAUGCCUUGGACAUCAGGGAACACUAUGAAAGGAAACUGGAGAGAGCCAACAACCUGUACAUGGAACUGAAUGCCCUCAUGUUGCAGCUGGAACUUAAGGAGCGAGAACUGCUCAGGCGGGAACAGGCUUUAGAGCGAAGGUGUCCAGGCCUGCUAAAGUCACACCCUUCCCGGGGCCUCCUGCAUGGCAACACAAUGGAGAAGCUCAUCAAGAAGAGAAACGUACCACAGAAGCUGUCACCCCAUAGCAAAAGGCCAGAUAUUCUCAAGACAGAGUCUUUACUACCUAAACUAGAUGCAGCCCUAAGUGGGGUGGGGCUUCCUGGAUGUCCUAAGGGUCCACCAUCACCAGGAAGAAGUCGGCGUGGCAAGACACGUCACCGCAAGGCCAGCGCCAAGGGCAGCUGCGGGGACCUGCCUGGGCUUCGUGCAGCAUUGCCACCUCAUGAACCUGGAGGACUAGGAAGCCCAGGGGGACUAGGCAUGGGACCCUCUGCUUGGGACGCCUGCCCCCCUGCUCUCCGUGGGCUUCACCAUGACCUUCUACUCCGAAAGAUGUCUUCAUCAUCCCCAGACCUGCUGUCAGCAGCUUUGGGAGCCCGGGGUCGGGGAGCAACAGGGGGAGCUGGGGAUCCUGGCUCACCACCUCCACCCCGGGGUGAUACUCCUCCAAGUGAGGGCUCAGCUCCUGGCUCCACCAGCCCGGAUUCACCAGGGGGAGCCAAAGGGGAGCCACCUCCACCAGUAGGACCUGGUGAAGGUGUGGGGUUGCUGGGAACUGGAAGGGAAGGGACUACAGGCCGGGGAAGCCGGGCUGGGUCCCAGCACCUGACCCCAGCUGCACUGCUGUACAGGGCUGCAGUCACCAGGAGUCAGAAACGCGGGAUCUCAUCUGAAGAGGAAGAAGGAGAGGUGGAUAGUGAAGUAGAGCUGACACCUAGCCAGAGGUGGCCCCAGGGCCUGAACAUGCGCCAGUCACUAUCUACCUUCAGCUCAGAAAAUCCAUCUGAUGGGGAAGAAGGUACCGCUAGUGAGCCUUCCCCCAGUGGCACACCAGAAGUUGGCAGUACCAACACUGAUGAGAGGCCAGAUGAGCGGUCUGAUGACAUGUGCUCCCAGGGCUCAGAAAUCCCACUGGACCCACCUGCUUCAGAGGUGCUUCCUGACCCUGAACCAAGCUCCUUGCCCACCCCACACCAAGACCUACUCAGAGGUGAGCAGGGCCCCAAUCCUGAGGACUCAGACUGUGACAGCACUGAAUUGGACAACUCCAACAGCGUUGAUGCCUUGCGGCCCCCAGCCUCCCUCCCUCCAUGAAAGCCACUCUUAUUCCCUGUACAUAGAGAAAUAUUUAUAUAAAUAAUAUAUAUGCACCACAUAAUAAACAGAUAGAUGGGGCUGUCUCAGCCUUAAGUCAGGCUUAAGGGAGAUUGACCCCCUGACCAAUUUGCCUGGUCAGCUCUAGGGACACUGGCAGCUGUGGAAAUAAAUGACUCCAAGUACUGCCCUAGAAAGCUGUGCAUAAAGGGAAACUGGCUCCUUCAUGCUUCACCCAUUCCUUAUGUUCAGCAAGCAACUAGGCAAUAGAAAAGCCAAGCUUGUUUCCAUACUACCCUUGAAGGGGACAAGGAGAGGAACCAUAUAGACUGCACUUUUUUUUUCAGUUUACUCUGUUUACACAUUUUGCACUUGGGAGGAGAGAAACUAAGGCUGGGUCCUCCCUUCUGAGGUUUCUCAGGUGGCAAUGUAAUUUCUUUGUCCCUCCUUUUCUCUGCCUAAGCCCUAGUUUAGGGUGCGGGGAAAGAUUAGGAGACUGAUAGCAUGUGAUGGCUCAGGCUGAAGAAUUGGGGUGCUGUUUAAGUCCCUACUUUUAUCCUGGUGCCUGAUUGGGUUGGGGACUGUCAUUGUAACCCCUGUGAAACAACCUUGAAAUAUAACCACUCCAUGCAGGCCCAA